GCGUCACACAUCCCCUUUCUGAGAUGCGGCGAGACCUAGGACCACCGACUCUUCAGCUGUCCCGUCGUUCCAUCAUAUACUGUGCCACCCAAAUUAGCGUCAUCACCCAGCGUCAAGAUGGCCCCGCGAUUGCAGCAAUCCUAGCGGGGAGAGCAACGAAGAUUGAUCGUAAACUCUUCGGCCCGGGGAGGGCCGCGGAAAAAGCAAUCAACGUCAGGAAAUAAGCGGCAAGAGACGAACACCAGGAGGAAGGAAGUGCGCAAGAAACCUCCGAAGAAAAGAACCGCAGCGAAAGACUCCGCCUCGAACCCGUAAACAAAUGAGCUGGCUCGAAGCCACCGGCGUUUAUGGCUCACCAGUUGGCAUAGUUCAUCGGUUCAAGAAGAAAUGUAUUCCAGUCAGAAGCCACACCCCGGCGAGUUAAGUAUGACUGAGUUAUGAAUGAACCUCCGCCAUCUACGAGUCAUAAAGCAAAUUGUUGCCCCCGCGGCUGUUUGUAGAGCAUCAGGGCGUCAGAUAAGACGUCUUUCAUCAUUCCCGUAGCGAAUGUCUUCUUUGGAGAUGCGAGUGGGGCUCAUCUUGUUUCUUUUUGCGUGUGCCGAGGCGUUCGAUGUUGAUUCUGUGCUGGGCGAGCGCGUCCGUGCUGGUCUUCAUGGAGAGGGCUGCCUGGACACGUGCUUCAACGAGACCGCGUUGCCGAAUAUGUGCGCCUGUGACUCCUCGUGUCAUUUGAGGAGAGACUGCUGUGCGGACCUCGCCUUCGGUGUGGAAGAAGGGGAACCCCGUUUGCGAUGUGUCUUUUCUUCGGGGAAACAGCUGAUGACUGUGGCCAACUGUCCCGCCUCGUGGAACGACAGCGAAACACGGUUGGUGUGCGAGCAGGGUAAAACGCGCAGUGCCAGUUACCUUCAAGACAUACCCGUGUACAGUGAAAGCUCCGGUGUGUUCUACCGCAAUACUUUCUGUGCACUGUGCAACGGAGACGUGGAACGUCUAUCACGAUGGUCUGUUCUUCUAGAUUGCGUGCCAGAUUCUGUAGCGGACGCUCUUCGAAAUGGGACCGCGAAUUCCGUGGGCUACAGUGCCGGUACGAAGAAUCUGGCCGUACGGGUGGGCAGGCAACGUGGGAGCUGUCGCAUUGCCGUGAAGGAGAUUCUGCGCGAUGAUUUCUACGACGCGUACAACGUGAGCAGAUGCUCGCUACCGCCGGUACGAAAGUGUCCCUCGGCUUACAAGGAUGACGUGAUCAGGACUAAGUGUGAGAGUUACACCGCUAUGGUUUACGAUCCUUCGAAGUUGCUGCGCUACCGCAACUAUCACUGCGCUCUUUGCAACGGUCGCACUGUGAAGACACUCGAAUGCAAGCCCCACGAGGAUAAAUCUGAUUCCAGAUUCGAACAGUUCGGAACGUCAUACGCGAUCGUUAUGGACUUUAGCCAGUUUGAGAUGGGUGGCGGUGGCUCUCGACGGAGGAAUUCCAUGAACCAGUGUGAGCCUCGGGAAGUGUACGAUCCUGUCUUAAAUUCUUGUCUUGCGGCUGCAUGUCCGCUCGGACGGACAUGGACUAACGGGAAGUGUGUAUCCACUGACAGGGAAGACAAGCCGAGCGAACAAAGCGAAACAGAAGUCGACUGUGAGUGGGUGUUUCUGCCUUCACAUUAUAUACGAAUUCUCGCAGACGGCUCGGGUCUUGUAACUCACAGGAACAUAACGCUAGCACCGACCCGUUAUCAGGUGACGAACGGGAGUGAUCGUGCAGUCGCCUGCAUUCCUCUCCAGGUACAUUUCAAACUGGACACGUAUCAAGGGAUCCUCUCGCGGGUCGUGCUUACGGUAUCAAUCUUAUGCCUCAUUAUGCACAUAGCCGUGUAUGCGGCCUUGUCCCAGCUUCGAAACAGGCCUGGCAAGAUUCUGCUGUGCCUCUCCAUCUCGGUGCUUUUAGCCCAAGUAACGUUCCUGGCAGGCAGCGAGUGGACCCAAGGGACGCGCCUCUGCUAUGGCACAGCUGUGAUGUCACAUCUGUUCCACCUGGCCGCUUUCUUCUGGAUGAACGCCCUCGCCAUUGACGUGCACCGGACGUUUCGUUCCUCUGGACGUCCCCCUUCUGCUACUUCAGCUUUCCUGAAGUACUCGCUCUACGGCACGCUAGGCCCCACAGCUAUCGUACUGACGUCGGGCCUCGUAGGGUACUUCGAACCUGCGAGCGAAUGGAGUCCUUCGUACGGCACGCCGUUCUGCUGGAUCAACAGACCGUGGGCCCUGGCGGCUUACUUCAUAGCACCUAUCUUCUUGCUGCUGCUGGUGAACGCCGUCCUCCUGGGCCUCACUGUUGCCAGCAUACAUAUGACCGAUAAGCAGGUGAAACUGGCUCGCAAAGAACAACAGCAACGCUCAUACCUGUACGCUAAAUUGGCUGUGGUCUUCGGGCUCACCUGGGUCUUCGGUUUUGCAGCGGCAUUUACAAACAUGCAAUGGAUGUGGUAUCCGUUCAUAAUCUUCUGUGGCCUUCAGGGUGCGUUCAUCUUCGUGUCCUUCACGUGCAAGCGCAGCGUGAGCCGCCUCCUGCGGCAAGCCAUCACUGGCAAGAAGGCCGGAAGACCUCGGGCGGACUCCUCCAACCUGACGUCGAUGCGGACGUCAAUAAUGACGUCAUCUACUGCUUUGGCGUCGAUAGUAAGAGGCAUCGGCGAGAAAGACCUCCGACGUGCGACUCCCACUCAGAGUCGUGAAGGAACGCCACUCAUCAAGAGGGCCUCCGCACCGCCGGUGACGCAGCAUAAAGUGGUGCAGCAGAAGGGUUCCUGUCCGACUUAGCAUAGAUAUGACAAAGUUUUCCGCUACGUGCAUGCCUUUCGCGUGGUUAUGUUUCAACUGUUGAGAUAUAAGAUAUUAGCCAGGUCAGAUAGUGCAGGUAAUAGUUGAAGCCAUCUUGAUGUUGAGCUGAAGUUGAACUUGAAGUUUCACUUUCGUUUUUUCGGCUAAGACAUGCGACCCUCCGUCGUCUGCUUCGUUGCAAGCGCGUGGCAAACUUCAUUGGUAUAUCAUUAUCUGUUUGUCUAGAUUGUGUUACGAAGCAGCUGGUGUUAACACAACGCCGUUACGAUAUAACAUACCAGAAUCAUUCCAUCAUGAUUAGAAAAGCGGAACCAGGAAGCAGAUGAUAGCGUAUAGUGUAAGCAGACGAUAGCCAAGCCAAGCCAAGCCAAUUCAACAUACCAUAGCCAAUCACAUACCGCUCAUACCUCAUGCGGACCUUAUAUGUCUUAUAUCUCUAUGGCUCGCUUCAACGUGUGCAGGGUGGCAAGCAGGAUGCUCGCUGUACAUAGCUUCAACCGUCGUUCCACUGUUGUAUUUAUAUUAAGGUUUACUUAGUAUGAAGUGACAGAUAUCUUGCUGCCAAUGUUGUAAAUAUACAUGCAGUAACUGAGUGUGCACCCGUGUAUUCAAGUAAACGAGUACACGGGGGAACAAUUGGUAUACUUUUGUCGCUUCUGUUGAACGACUUCCAGUCGGUGACUGUACCCAAUUAAUUGUACGAGAGUGAAUGUAAGAGUCGCUUUGAAAUAUAUGAAGACUAUAUUAGUGA